UCAACUUUUCCGAGUGUAUAUAGGGGUUUUGUGUUCUGUGAUAGUGUGAUGUGAGCUAAGAGCUCUUUAAAGUCUUACAUACAAAGAAGAAAGAAAAUACCAAAAACUCACAACAAGACGACGAUAGACUGUGUCAGUGGUGCCGCCGCCGCUGCAAUGGGUGCUCUUGCCACUCUGCCUCCUUGGACUUCCGAGGACGACCCUCUCCUCAAGAACGCCGUUGAGGCCGGUGCUUCUUUAGAGUCACUAGCAAAAGGUGCGGUGCAGUUUUCUCGAAGAUAUAGUUUUAGAGAAAUACGCGAUAGAUGGUACUCUAUCCUCUAUGAUCCUAUUAUUUCUGCGGAAGCAUCUGCAGGCAUGACAGACUUUGAGAUUUCUACUUCACCUCUCCCAUCGAAGUUCAUCAAGUUUGGAAAUUCAAGAGAAUGCAAAAUUGAUUCUGCAAAAAGAAAAGCUGAAAGUGUACGGACUUCCUAUUAUGCUAUGCGGAAAAGAAUUCGCAAUGACGCAUUUAAUUCCAUAGAUUUAGGUUUCCUUGUUGAUCCUGAAAAUGACAAUUAUGGUGUAAAUGGAAGUGAGAGUUUGCCUAAAAACUGUUUGGCCGAAGGUGAAACGUCCAAUCAUUUUGGUUUCCAUGGUUCACAUACUGAUCCUGCUCAGUAUUCUUUUCCUGAAAAUAUGAUGAAUGGUGGUGCUAUAACGAAUGGAGUUACUGUCCAUGCAUAUUACACCGGAGCUAAGGAUCCAGUUCAAGACAAUAUCCCUGCUGAGCAACAAGAUGUACUUAGAGAAGAACCUCAAUUUCUUCGAGGUGAUGUUUCCAAUGAAGCUGCAGAGCAGAUGGGUGUUCCAGAAGAACUAGCCAUUGAUAGCUUCAUUGAUGACGAUAAUUUAGAGACCCCAUUUGAUCAGAUCAACAGUGACCCUGGAAACCUGUGUUCUGAGUUUGAUGGAAAUGAUGUAUUUGAUUCAUCUGAAAUGGAAUGUGGUACAUCAUUUAAUGGCUUACAUUUGUCUCCACUCCCGGAAAUGCCAGUGUGGAAAACACAUGCGAGCAUUCAAGAACCUGAAAUGCCAUGUGGUGAUUUUAAGGAUUCUAUUGCUUGUGGGGAGGCUUACCUGGCAGAACUGUCCAAUUCUCUCUUAAACUUCACAAAUGAGGAAGAACUCUAUCUGAUGGAUGUUGAUGAAAAAGACGGGAUUGAUAAGCCUUAUUAUGAUGGCCUGAGUUCACUUCUACUAAGUUCUCCUAAUGAUGUUAGCCAAGAUCAGAUGCCUGAAAAGGCUGAGGCAGAGUCUUCAGUGGCCUCACAAGCAAAAGUUUCAAAUCUGUCAGUUUCAUGUCAUGCAAAAGUAGAUGAUAACAAUAGACUACAGUCUAGCGAUGCCCAAACAGUUCAAAAAUCAGAUAUCCAAGUAUCAUCUUCUGCCUCUGUUAAAGAUCCUCGUUUUCCUGAACUAAUCAAUGGAGUUGUAUUCUGUGCUCUAAACACUGAAGAACCAGAAGUUCCAUGCAAUGUUGAUGUUUUCUUACUACCCUUGGAUGUGCCUCCUUCAACAUCUCCGUAUUCAUCUGAAUGGGUGUAUACAGAAUCCAAUAAGCCAAUUUCAUCAUGUGUUCAGGAUUAUGGAUUUAGUAACCAUAAGGCUCUUGAAAGAAGUAGAAUGACAAAGGUAGAACAGAAAAAACCCGCAGAAUUUCGUGGAUCUUCUCAGGUGAUGGGAUCUCCUCCCUUUCCAGGGGUAAAGUGUGAAUUUUCGAAUGCUCAUGCAUCACACAUAGCGUCCAGGAGUGCUGUGACUGUUUCUGGUGGGUUAGGUGGAAAUAAAGCUAGCACAACCAAUGCUAUCAUGCAUGCAAACCCAAAGGACACACCUAUCAAUGUAGGCUCGACACAUUGUCUAAAUAGUCGUGUGACAAACUGUUAUAGUGAGAAACCAACCCUUGGGUCUAAUGACUUCAGAAAUCAUCCUUAUUCUGAUGGAUCUGGCAUGAAACAGGCAGAAAACUUACCCUUGCCAAUUCAAGAUCGUCAUUUGCAACAUGCUGAAGUGGGGUCUUCAGAUGUUCCCAAGUCUCAUCUGGUGGCAAUUUCUCCAACUUUAGAUGAAGAAGAGCAAUAUAUGGAGAGUGAUGAUGAUGUUCCUUGUUAUUCUGAUAUAGAGGCAAUGAUACUUGAUAUGGAUCUGGAUCCAGAUGAUCAGGAUUUGUUUUAUAAUGAGGAAGUAUCAACAUAUCAACAUGAGGAAACUAAGCGGACUAUCAUAAGGUUGGAACAGGGUGCUCAUUCCUAUAUGCAGAGAGCCAUUGCUUUACAUGAAGCAAUUGCCAUUUUAUAUGGUCGCCAUUCAAAGCAUUAUAUUAAGAAAGCCGAGGUUUUACUUGGACGGGCAACAGAAGGUGUUCCAGUAGAUAUUGACUUAGGCAAAGGAGGUUAUGCAAAUAAAAUAUCUCGACGCCAGGCAAUUAUAAAGCUGGACAAUGAUGGAUCUUUCUACAUUAAAAACUUUGGCAAGACUUCAAUAUUGGUGAAUAACAAAGAAGUGCAAACUGGUCAGUCUCAAAGACUACACUCCAAUUGUUUGAUCGAGUUGAGGGGGAUGCCAUUCAUUGAGACAAAUCCUAGUCGUGUGAAGCAGUAUCCGGAUCAGCAUAUUACAGACAAUUCAUAAACCUUGUAGUGUCAAAUGUAAAUGUUAGCAAGAGAUCCACUAGAACAGAAAGUCAGAAAGUGCUUAUUUUUAUUGCACUUUCUGAAUUUUGGUAAGGAAGCGUUGAUGAUGUAUGUCAAUGCUUUUGAUGCUAUAAUGGUGUUUCCAUGGGAAUGGGAAUGGGCUUCUGCAACUCAGUGCUCUCCUUCCCCCCUGUUUCUCUGCCGACGUAAGUAAAUAGUUAAUUUAGCAA